UCCGCCUCACGUGAUCCCCAGCCCCUGCCCCGCUCUGGGGAGGAAGCUUGAAAGGGGAAGCCCAGGGACCCAGGUGGACAGAUAUGUCUCAGGAGGGGGCUCCAGAAGGCUCCAGCACAGAGAACCUUGUUCUCAGUCCCCAGCGCAGCUGUGGGCUUUUCCAGGGGGUCGAGGAAGAAGCCAGCUUCAAGUCAGGCCAGGGCCCUGCAUUAUGCCUGGGAGCGUCUGGAAAGGCUUCCACAGAGCAGCAAGAAGCUGAGCACACAGCGGAGGCUGGUGGUGAUCGUGGCCCUGCAGCCUCACACAACCAGGAGGAGCUGGAGGUCAAGGCUCAGCCAGCAUCCAGGGGGAGGCUGGGGCGAGGAUUUGCUGCUCCCAUGGACACUGCUGCCAUCUCCCCAGAGCCCACAGCCGGCAAGGCUCAUUCAGGCCCCUCCACGGAGCUUAGAAGAUCCAAGCGUGCUAAGAGGUUGAGGAGGGGCCUAGCUCUCCUUGCCCAGGACCAGGGCACAGACAGAAGCUCAGACGACUCGAGCCAGAGACAGCCAGAGCAAUCCAGCCCAGGAGGCUGCCCCACACUAGAGCUUGGUUCUGGAGCAGUGAUUCAUCUCCUGGGAGCGAUCAGCCAUGGCCAGGCAAGGGGGCUCCAGCUUCCACAGCUGGAGGUUCUGGAGAACAUGAUGGAAGUCAGCUUAGCCUCACCUGCCCAGAGGCCCAGAAGGAAGAGAAGGCCCAUGGUCCAGGGUCCCACUGGCUGCCAGUGCUGCCCAGCUGGGGCAGAAGAGGAGAAGCCUAGUGAGCAGGAGGAGCCAGAGUCAUCAGCCUCCCCUGGAAGCCUGGGAGCCUCUUUCCCCACAGCACAGCUUCAGCCCCAAGAGGAGAAGCUACCCGUGGAUAUCAGGAUACGGGGCACUGUGGUCCAUGCCAUGCAGGAGAUGCUGUGGAGCCGCCUUCAGGAGUUCCCAGACCUGGCGCUGAGUGAGGAGGUGGUAGAGGGCAUUGCUGCAGGCAUCGAGGCAGCCCUCUUUGACCUGACACAAGCCACCAGUUGCCGCUACAAGACCAAGUACCGCAGUCUGCUAUUCAACCUGCGGGACCCCAGGAACCCGGACCUGUUUCUCAAAGUGGUUCAUGGAGAGGUCACCCCCUAUGGCCUGGUGAGGAUGAGCUCAAUCCAGCUGGCCCCCAAAGAGCUGGCCUGCUGGCGGGACCAGGAAGAGAAAAGGGGCCUGGAGAUCAUUGAGCAGCAACAGAAGGAGCCAUGCAGUCUCCCAGCCUCCAAACUGACCCACAAGGGUGAAGUUGAGAUCCUGCGGGACAUGGAACAGACACUGGAAGAUCUGGUGGGACCCAUGGUGUCCAUAGACUGCAGCCCACUGGCCCUGUCUACCAUGUUGAAGGACACCAAGGAGCAGCACGUGGACGCCAAGGAGCAGCACGCAGAUGCCACAGAGCAGGACGCCACGGAACAGCAUGCAGACACCACAGAGCAGCACAUGGAUGCCACGGAACAGCACCCGGACGGCACGGAGAAGCACGAGCACUGCUUCCUGGACCCCAGCUGCCACGUUUGCAUGGACUGUGAGUCCUCCUGCAAGCUGCCAGGAUCCUUCAAAGCCCCCAGGAGGAUGGGGAACAAUGUCUUCCAGAAAGCCCAAAGUCCAGCCCUUGUGUCCUCUCCAGAGAUGCCCAAAACUGGGGGAAAGCUUCCCACGGAGCCCCAAGACAGGCUCCAGAUGCCUGCUGAGCCCACAAAGGCCCUGCCCAGCCAGCCACUCUGGGAGGGGGUUCUGGACAUGUUCUCCAUCAAGCGGUUCCGCGCCAAGGCCCAGCUGGUCUCAGGACACAGCUAUCGGCUCAUCACGGCCUUGCCUGAGGUGAUCCGCUCAGCAGGCUGCAUCCCCUGCAGCACCAUCUGGGACCUUCUGGCCAGCAUCUCCCCAGCCAAGGCUGAGGACGUCUGCGUGGUCAGGCUGUGCCCACAGGGCACUCGGGACACCCAGAACUGCCGCCUGCUCUACUCCUACCUCAACAAUAAGCAGCGCCACGGCCUGGCUGCUGUGGAGCACGUGGGUGUGGUCCUGCUGCCCCUACCUGCCUUCCAGCCCUUGCCCAGCAGACUGCGCCCUCUUGGAGGCCCAGGCCUGGAAGUCACUCACUCAAGCCUGUUGCUGGCUGUGCUGCUUCCCAAGGCAGGCCUUUCUGCCAAAGCGGAGUGCAGCCCCUUGUGGGAGAAAGUUCACAAGAUGGUCACCUUCAACAGAAAAGCAGAGAUAACGCGCUACCAGCCAGAAAACAGGAGGCCAGAUGUGGCCCUGAAGGGCUCCUCUUCCUCAGGGGGUGCCGUGCAUCAGAGCCGGGGCAAAGGCAGCUUGGCCCCAGCGGGAAUCCGUGCUUGGAAGGGGCAACCCCGAGGCAGGGGGAGACUGGGGGAAGAGCCUGAGACCUGGCAGGGUCCUGGGAGAGGGCGUUGGCCCCCAAAACCAGUCUGGUGCCAGUCCUCGCAGCCAUAUCCAUCAGCAUCAGCCGGCCAUGGCCGGCACCUUCACAGGGCUUCCUGUCCCCACCAAGCCCUGCUCCAGCAUCUCGAAACUCUGGUGGCCAUGAGCCACCAGCUCCAAGCUUCACUGAUGUCCUCAAACUAGCAGCUCCUUCCCGCAGCCCCUGCCCAGCCCCCUGCAGCCCCUGGAAUUCUUGGCCUCCUCUGCCAGCCCCCUGCAGUUCCAGAGCCCCCUGGCCCAGCCCCUGACUCCUCUUUGGGCCCUACAGAUGGAGCUGGCGCUGAGUGUCCCCUCCCUCAAGAGACCUGACCCUCAUUACCCAGCAUAAGGGAGGCUUUGAGUCCCUCACCAGUGCUGAACCCUGAGCUGUUCCAGGGAGAGAGACAGGGACAGAGGAAGGCAAGGAUCAGGUGUUUGAGUUUCCUGUUCUGCUGUCUGCUUGGUGUUGAUUUUUGGUUCAAUAAAGAAUUUGGCAA